GGCGCGGCACCUCACCACAGUCGCCGGAGCUCACUCUCCCAAGUGUGAGAUUUCGCCGGAAAGGGCCGGUCGAGAGAAUGGUGGUGAAGGUGUAUGGGCCAGCUAGGGCGGCCUGCCCCCAGAGGGUCAUGGCCUGCCUCCUCGAGAAAGGCAUUGAGUUCGAGAUUGUGAGCGUCGACCUCGACUCGGGAGAGCAGAAGAAGCCAGAUUUUCUGGCUCUCCAGCCUUUUGGACAGGUUCCAGUGGUUGAGGAGGAAGAAGGCUUCAGGCUUUUCGAGUCAAGGGCAAUCAUAAGAUACUAUGCAACCAAGCACGCUGACCAAGGAACAGAGCUGCUGGGGAGCACACUCAAGGAGCAGGCCCUAGUGAACCAAUGGCUCGAAGUAGAAGCACACAACUACAAUGAGCCACUCUUCGCCAUUGUCCUCCAACUGCUAGUCUUCCCAUCCAUGGGCCUCCCCACUGAUCCCGCAGUGGUCAAAGCAAACGAGGCUCGGCUCAGUCAAGUGCUUGACGUGUACGACCAGCACCUGGCCAAGAACAAGUACCUGGCCGGGCAAUUCUUCAGCAUGGCAGAUCUCAGCCACCUCCCUGGCACCCAGCACUUGGUCACCACCUUGGGCAUGAGCCAUCUUGUGAAGGAAAGGCAGCACGUCAAUGCAUGGUGGGAGGACAUCUCUAGCAGGCCCGCCUGGAAGAAGGUUCUACAGCUUGUGCCCAAGCCACCUGAGUGACAACAACCGCUGCCAAUGUUGGAUUUGCAGUUGUGUAAUUGCUUGAGAUGUAGUUUGCAAUACAUAUUGUCCAUCCGUAUAAUUCUUAGAGCUUACUGUGUUUUGUGCCGCUUCUGGGUUUUCUUACCUAUUUGUGAAUGAAAAAAGGCAUUAGCCUUUACCUAUUUUCUUAGCA